CAGGGGCGGGCCCUGUCCCUCGAGGCAGCCCGCGGGGCCAGUGGCAGGAGCGGCGCGCCGCCAGCCGCGGGGGGCGUGGGAUGGGGGAGGCGGCGGAGGGGAGCGCCCGCUGCCACUAGAGCCAACCGCGCACUUCCGAAGGGUGUCGCGGCUGCGCUCCCCUCCCGCGCCCCGGGAACUUCAAAGCGGCCCGCGCUGCGGGCUGCGCUCUGGGACCCCGAAGCCUUGCACCGCCGCGGGGUGGCCAUGACCCCAGCGCGCCGCUCCGCACUGAGCCUGGCCCUCCUGCUGGUGGCACUGGCCUCCGACCUUGCGGCAGGACUGAAGUGUGUGUGUCUUUUGUGUGAUUCCUCAAACUUUACCUGCCAAACCGAAGGAGCAUGCUGGGCCUCUGUCAUGCUAACCAACGGGAAAGAACAGGUGAUCAAAUCGUGCGUGUCCCUCCCGGAACUAAAUGCUCAGGUCUUCUGUCACAGUUCCAACAACGUGACCAAGACCGAAUGUUGCUUCACAGACUUCUGCAACAACAUCACUCUGCACCUUCCCACAGCCAUGCUAACGAUAUGGGCCUGCCAGGACCGCCAGUGCACAUACAGGAAGACCAAGAGACACAAUGUGGAGGAACCACUGGCAGAGUACAGCCUUGUCAAUGCUGGAAAAACCCUCAAAGAUCUGAUUUAUGAUGCCACUGCCUCGGGCUCAGGAUCUGGCCUGCCUCUUUUGGUUCAAAGAACCAUCGCAAGGACAAUUGUACUUCAAGAAAUCGUAGGAAAAGGUCGGUUUGGGGAAGUGUGGCACGGAAGAUGGUGUGGAGAAGAUGUGGCUGUGAAAAUAUUCUCCUCCAGAGAUGAGAGAUCUUGGUUCCGUGAGGCAGAAAUUUAUCAGACGGUAAUGCUGAGACAUGAGAAUAUUCUCGGUUUCAUCGCGGCCGACAACAAAGAUAAUGGAACCUGGACUCAGCUUUGGCUUGUGUCAGAGUAUCACGAGCAGGGCUCCUUAUAUGACUAUUUGAAUAGAAACAUAGUGACCGUGGCUGGAAUGGUCAAGUUGGCGCUUUCAAUAGCGAGUGGUCUGGCUCACCUACACAUGGAGAUCGUGGGCACUCAAGGUAAGCCUGCUAUUGCUCACCGAGAUAUAAAGUCAAAGAAUAUCUUAGUCAAAAAGUGUGACACUUGUGCCAUAGCUGACUUAGGGCUGGCUGUGAAACAUGAUUCUAUCAUGAACACUAUAGAUAUACCCCAGAAUCCUAAAGUGGGAACCAAGAGGUAUAUGGCUCCCGAAAUGCUUGAUGAUACAAUGAACGUCAACAUCUUUGAGUCCUUCAAGCGAGCUGACAUCUAUUCGGUGGGGCUGGUUUACUGGGAAAUAGCUCGAAGGUGUUCAGUUGGAGGACUUGUUGAAGAGUACCAGUUGCCUUAUUAUGACAUGGUGCCUUCAGAUCCUUCCAUAGAGGAAAUGAGGAAGGUCGUUUGUGAUCAGAAACUCCGACCAAAUCUCCCAAACCAGUGGCAAAGCUGUGAGGCGCUCCGGGUCAUGGGAAGAAUAAUGCGUGAGUGCUGGUAUGCCAACGGGGCAGCUCGCCUGACCGCCCUGCGCGUGAAGAAGACCAUUUCUCAGCUGUGUGUCAAGGAAGACUGUAAGGCCUAAGGCCGCAUACAGGCGACGGGAAAGCCCUCACCACUCUCUUUCAUGUCUCCUGCUUUGUGUAAAUGUUUUCGUUUCUUUUCUGCUGUGUUUUGUUUUAGUUCUACCUCAAAGAUGAUUCACUACAGUGUUGAAGUGUCCCAAAGGCAGCAUGAAAAGAUAACUCUAAGCAUGGGCAGGUCUUGACUUUCCCAGUUUCCAUGUUGUCCGUACUUUUAUUUUUAAAGGUGACACUAUUCAUUUUUCUUUUUAUUUAAGGAGGAAGAUGUUAUAAGAUACAUACAAUAGUAAAAAAAAAAAACAACCAAAUUUUUGUUGUACUUGAACCAAGAGUACACACAAAUAAGAUGAAGACGUAGUUAAAAUGUGAACUGGGGGAUGUUAUAGCGAAAUGGAACUGUAAAAAUUAGCUGGAUCCCUGAAAAGCAAAAUUUGCUCAGAAUUUUAAUGUCUAAAGACUGGAAAGGUGGAGUAUCGAAGUGAGAACAUGUUCUGGGGACUUUUGUUCUCUGACUGUUCACCACUCUUCACCACUACAACAGCUCUCCCUAAGUAGUUUGAAAGCCACCUGCGCUGUUACUCCUGAUAUGUAACAGAGGUCUGGAUCUCUCCAACACUGUGAACUGGCACAGAGCCACAGGGCUGCUCACAGAGCCUGUGACAACUAGCAAUGUGAAGUUUGCUGGCCUCUGUGGUCCCUUGAAUUCCCAUCGUGCUUUUCUUCCCCCGUGGGAGCAUCUUCAGCUGUAAUAUUUUAAAUUUAGCCAUAUAGAGAGUGAGUACAUUGAAUAUUUUGUAAGACCAUAAUAGAUUUUCUAGAAUUUCAGAAUCAAUCUAUUAGAAUUUCCUCAUAGAAAUGUCAUCAUCAUGUCAUUCAAUAAUGAAAAAAAGUUUUCUGAACAUUGCCAAAUAUUGACUAAUCCUAAGCAUAUAUUUUCUAAAGAUAUAUGUCUUAAGAAGCCACUGCUUUUGAGGUACAUAUUUGGAAAGAAAAGUACAGAAAGGUAAACAAGGGAAGAGUUUGAGAAAAACUAAGAGAAUUCUUUCAAAGGAGUUUAACCACUUACUGGUAACAGAGGGUCACACUGGUUGUUACAAGACAUUCCUGGCCUUUGGACCAUGCAUUGAGAGAUUUAGAAGGUCUACCUCUCUUCUCCUUUUUUGAGAUAUAGAAUAUUUAACAGGACACCAGAUGUUUCCUUCAAAUGUACUAUAUGCUUUAGCGAAGAUGAUUUGAUUCAAUGUCUUUGAGUGUUCUGAAACACUGCUUCCCUAACCCCACUUCUUAGAACUUUCUUCUGCCUAGAUGUCCUUAGAACGGAAGUGAUCUCUGACAAGUUCUUGAAGAGGGACAUAUUAACAUCUUCUAUUCUUUGAUGGUUCUGGCAGUAAAGACACAUUCCAUGGAUAUUUUUAAGGCCAUAUAUUUGAUUACUCAGUGCAGCCUUUCUAUUAUAAGUAGGGUGAAGUUUUACUAUCCAGCAUUUGGGUAUUCUCUAAAGUCCAACAUGGGAAAUAACGUUCUGACGGAUAUAGCUAUGUUUUCCGUUAAGAGGGCAACUUGGUGUCUACUUCACUGUGGAGAUGUGCUACUGGAUCCGUCUCAUUUGACUAAGUGGAGAUAAGAGAAGCAAACGCCCUGACAGCUCUGGGGUUUGCAUAUUUUUCCAUUCCCAGUCAUGCCUUCAUCCAUUUUCUUAAGCACAGGGCACCCCGUAACUUGCUUGCCACAAUAUUGGGUACAAGAGGGAAUAACAAGAUAGAUAGGUCCUGCCCUCAGGGAUUUUAAAGUCUAAUUCGGGAGUGGGAAAAGGCAUGUGAGUAUGAGGCAAGAGAGUAAAUUGACAGGUAAAAUAUGCAGUGGGAUGCCUGUGAGUUCUGUGUGACAAUGGAUUCUAGAAUAGGUCUGGAAAUCACUUCCAAUCUGCAACAAAUUUAGAAGGGAUCUUUAUUUGGAUAUUACCGUCUAAUUAUAUCAUCAGUAUCAAAAGGUGCGCCUACGUGAACGGAUGCCAAGAAAAGCCGUGCGAGGGGUGAUGUGGAUUGCGGUUAAUAUCUUACUUCAGUUUCUACAUGAUGGGAAUGAAAUUAUUUACUUCCAUGGCUGCGCUGAAAUAGCCAAUGAAAAAAAACCUACUCUAUCCUGUUCCACUCACCACUGUUAGGGGAACACAUUUACUAGACUUUUUAAAGAGAGGAUGCUGUAACAUCUUUAUUUUGGGUCAUUAUGUUUUAUAAUUUAUUUCAGAGUAUACACACAUUAACUUAUAUAUUCUUGGUUCAGAUUUCCCAGUGGAGAAAUCUGCACAUUGGUACAUUUUUUGAGAUGUUUUGCUCGUUUUUCUGUCACUGAACUGUAAUUCCCAAAUGAAUAAUCUUAAAGAGAAGACGGGGAACAAUAGAGGUUGUAGUUUUGCUUAACUCUCAACAUAGUUCUACAUAGAGACUGCUCACUUAUAAAACAUAGAGUAAGUUUUAGAGCAUAAGGCAGAUUUACUGUACAUAUCUAUGCAGUUCAAUUUUAUAUUACGUGUUUUUGAUGGGAUUUCAUGUAGCACUCGUUUCUUUUAAAUUUCGUUAUGAGCAAAAAUAUCUUGUUAGGUGCAAGCGGACGUCAUUGCUUUGCUCCUUGUGGAUAUUUUGGCUCUGGGUUUAACAUAGAGCUUAGGAAUGCUAUUAUGAAUUUUUAGUACUGUAUGCAGAAAUGGUGGGGUUUACACACAGCAUCACUUUUUGAAAUAUGGAACGCAUUACCUGUUGUCUACAUUUGAGCAUGAAUUUGUUGCCUUAUAAGUCAUGCGUUUAAGUUUGUAAUCAGCACUGACUCUGUUGUAUGCAUCCUUCUGCGUCUAAAAUAUUUGGCAUGUCAUAUCUAGAAUUCUUAAUUUAUGUUCUGCCACGAGAGUUAAGUGAAACAUGACUGUCAUGCUCUAUUUUAAGCGCAGCACUUGCUUUUCAUCUUUAGACUUUUCAAUUAACUUUGCAUUUUAAAUUUCCAUAAUUGUAUGAAAAUAGUAACCUGAUCGCAACGUCUGAAGAGUUUCAAAUCAGCUUUUAUUUUAAAAUGAAAAAAAAAUCUACAAUACAUUCAUUAGCUCAGAUGUUCCACAAUAACUUAUUGCUUUGAGUGCUUCUACAAUUGCAGAAUGGUUAAACAAAAGGAAAAUCUACCGUCCUGGAAUUUUGCCAUCCGUGGGACUUCCUGAGACAGAGCAAACUCGGGGCAAUCUUGGAGUGGAAGCAAAAGUCCCACGGAAGAACUUAGCGCAUUGCCUGAAGGCAAGGAGCAGGCAUCUGCCACCAUACAAGGAUCAAGAGAACAACUUGAAAUUAUUUGGCAGGCAAUGGUUUUUGACUGAUUCUUGAAAGUAAAUAUGAAAAUUCACAUGGCUAAAUUAAUUCAUUUAAAAUGUGGAAAAUUUGAUUCCUAUCAAAAUUUAGGGAGUUAGGGAACAAUAACAAAUGUAUCCAAGUUGGUAGCUGAAUUCUUCAAUAUUCAUUUCCUGUAUAUAAUUUGAAAAAGACCAAUAUUAUCAAGCGCUCAGAAAUCUUUAUGCUUAGUGUCCUGUAAUGAUGUCAUUGAAGUUUUUGAAGCUAUUCUCUCUCUCUCUCUCUCUCUCUCUCUCUCUCUCUCUCUCUCUCUCAUUUGUGAAUGUAUUAUCUCCACGGAUAACAAUACUGUGUUCUAAUCCCAAAUCCUGAUACUAUAAUUUUAUUCACUAUCUUAUGGAAGACAUUCAUUGUUUUAAGGGCUUUUAAUUUUUUUUCAGGAUUCUUUAAAACUAAACCAAAAACAGACAGAGGGACAGACAGGAAGAAAGAAAGAAAGAAAGAAAGAAAGAAAGAAAGAAAGAAAGAAAGAAAGAAAGGAAGAAAGAAAGGAAGGAAAAAGAAAAUCUAGAAUUCAAAACAUUCAUUAAAAAUCUAAUAUUAAGCAUAAUUUCUGUAGUGUUCACAUUUUUCCCAGGAUGCUAAUACAGACUUCCUGGUGCUUGGCUUCCCUGCCCCCUUAGCUUUGUUUCAUUAUCUUCCACCUACGAUUAAACUUAAUGUUCUUUCACCCUCUUCCAAAGUUAUAGUUACUUUUUAAUUAUUUUAAACAUACCUAUUAUUUAACAUCAUCUUUGUACACUUAUGACGGAAAAGAAAUCCCUUAGCAUUAUAAAUUCUUUCAUAUAUGCUGCAGCACAAAAAUUUUGUUUAAAAAGUUAAAGGGACUCCGGGCCUCAUACCUUGGCUCUAAUAGUUUGUAGAUGAAGAAACUGAAGGACAGACGCCAGAUGGUUGCUAAGGGUUGGAGAAACACAAUGGUAACACCUACUUCCGCAGCCUCGCCCACUUUUACCUAUGGAAAGGUCAAUCAGCAUGGAUCCAACGCUGCCUUGUUGCACAUUAAUAUCACACGCAACUCAGUGCCGAUGGUCAGACCCUACUUGUUGGUGCAUUUCUCUUAAAAUAAUUGGCUCAGGCCAAGAUCACUGGGAAAAGAUGAAACUAGACAAACAAGGGUCUAAAAAUAGUCAUCAACUAGAUAGAAAAGCCACGGAUCGCUGAUAAAUUUGGAAAGGCAAUUGAAGAAAUCUAGUGCGUGGAGGCUUCUGGUGCUUGCUGGGAACGUAGAGCAGGGGCAGAGGGGGCUUGCCUAGCAUGUGAAAAGAUCCAGGUUCAAUCCUCAGUACUGGAAAGAGGAAGGUAGGAAAGAGGGAAGGAAGGAGGGAAGGAAGGAAGGAAAAAUAAAGUAUUCUUAGUGUGAAUAAUGGUUAGAGAAGCUUCCAGACUUUCCUUGCUCCCUUCCUGCAUGUAUUGUUUUUUCCCUUUUCGUGUUGGAGUGGUGAAAGGCGAUUUGGUACACAAACUGGAGACUAUGUUUAGUGUCGUUUAUCUUCUCUUUCUCUCAUCUGUUUUGUCUUGGGCAUCCUUUUCUCCCAGUGGCAGAUUUCCUGAACCCUGCCCACAGCACUCCACAUAGCUCUGUCCUUUCAUGUAUUUGAGCCUUGUCCAGACUGUUACACAUGGAACCUCUUAACAAGGUUUUAAUUUCCCCACUGUGUAUAAGAGGUCUCGCCUCAUCAGUUCAUCAGUGAUUGUUCUCUUGACACUAGGAAGAGGGCCCUGUUAAUGGCAGACGUGACUUUCUCUUCAACAUGAGUUAGACUGCCUGGUUAUAUUGUAGCUUUUGGCUAGUGCGUAAAGAAUGUCUGCUUCUGCUUUAAUGCUGAAUUCUGCUUCAACAGUGACUUGAACAAAGACUGUGAAAUACGUAUCCCACAAUGUGAGUGCUCAUGUUACAUCUGUGAUAAUUGAGCCAUUGUCUUAUGUCUGCCAUCCCUUGAAUUAUUUUUAUUUUUGUAUUUUUUUAAUGUGUUAUGGAAGUUUUGAUUGAAUGUAGGUCUGUGUACCAUAUGCCUAUCUGGUGCUUGGAUACGCCAGAAGAAAGAGUUUGAUUCCCUGGAACUAGAAUUAAAGGUAGUCGGGAGCUGCCAUUUGGAUGCUGGAAACCAAACCUUGGUCCUCUGGAAAAGCAUCAGCCAGUGCUCGUAACUGCUAAGCCAUCUCUCUAGUUCUGCUUCUGCCAUGUUUUUAGACUAAGCCGUGUGCCAUGCUGUUUGGAAUGUAGAUGAUGCUGAAAUUAGGUAACAAUCUCCACUCUGAAAUUUGUUAUUGAUAACUGCCAGGAUUCUUCUCCAGUUAGUCAUAGAUGAACACAACAUUUGGGAGAUUAUGAGUUCCAGCUUAUACUCAUUUUAAUACUGCCAGAAAUGUAUUUUCUCCUUGUUUUUUAUGUUAUACUACAAGAAGUUUUCUUCCUGGACCCAACACUUUUCAUUGGAAUAUGCAAUUCUUCCCUGGGUUUUAGGAAUCUGACUGUUCACACAGUCCGGGUGAGGUAAGAAAUUCACCUUUCCAGCAAACAUCCCACACAGGGAUUCUCCACAGGGAACUCAACAGCUUGGGGCAGCUGAGGACUGAGGCGAGCACUGGAACUAGCUCUUCGCUCUAGACACAAUUCUAGAACUUACAGAAAAGGACAUUAUAUGUUUCUAUAUCAACACAAAAUGCUCAGGCUUAUCCAUUAUUAUGAAAUAGAGGCUAUGUUUAGAAAUGGUUCUUGACAUAUGCAAACUGAACACAGAAUUUAGAAGAAUACUCUGACAUUUUAAUCUCUGUAUUCCCAAGAGUGAAUGAGUUGCACCGUUUAUCCUGGUGAUGGGUGUGUCUUUUCCUCGACCCAAGUCAUUGGCAGCAAGGCACAAUAACCUCAAUGUCUAGACAUCCACUAAGUUUUCAUUCCGUGGAUGAACCUACUCGUUUGCUUUAUCCAUGGAGGAAGGCUUGUACAUGAGGCUCUAAGAAAGUCAACUAUGGAAAGACAUUUAUUAAUAUGUUUGGGGUUUCAUUGGCAAACAGUAGUAACUAGGCAAUUUAAAAGGUCUAGCAGUUUUCUGUCCUAUUGAUGUAAUGAGAGUAUCUGAGUAAAAUAUUAGACUCUAGUUCAUUUCUAGAAUGGCUUAUGUCAAGCCCCUGUACUCUCCUGACCCUGAACUGGAUAGGAUUAUUCACACUUGUCUGGUGUUUCAGUUUUUAAAAUGGCCUAAAAAAGAGAUCAGAUUCAGAUCUUUUUUAAAGGAUUUUGGAUUAAUUUUUAAAACACUAAUACUAAUUAUACUUUUCUUUGGGUAGUGACUCUCUUCUUAUACCUAAGAACAUAUUACACAUGUCAAAACCAUUGCAUUUUGACAUUGCGAAAACAUGCUUUGAACUCUUGAACUACUGUGAACAGAAUCACUGUUGUAAAGACCUUUUUGUGUAAGCUCGCUGGUAUUCUUAAGUCUGUAAAAAGAUGUCGGCUUCCACAGGCCCAAAUGAAUGUACAUAAGGCCUGUGAAAAAAUAAAUUGGGUUUUAAAAUAAGAACUGGGCGAUAAAUUGUAUCUAAAAUGCGCAGAUGGGAGUUGUAGUGUGUGGCUGUGUUUUCAUUGUUGAAGGUUGAACAGAGCUCCACAGAGUCAUGUAUGCCAUUCAGAUGUUUCCUGAAUUUUGGAUUUGUGAACAUAUGCAUUUUAUAGUAAUAUAUACUUAUAUUGUUAAGAGAUAGUCAUAUUUUAGAAAUUUAGUUAAGAACUCAGCGAUAGCCUUCAUACCAAAAGGUUUAACUUUGCCAACAGCAAGUCAUAAAAAGUAUUUAUUUUGAAGCUUUUUAAUACAAAUUGCAUAACUUCCCACCGCCUCCAGGUGUACAUACUUCUCUGCCUAAAUGUUAUAUUUUUAUGUAUGCAUUUUCAGAAAGCAUAUUGUUUUGGAAAGUGGCAAAGACAAUGAAUUAAGCACUCGAUGCACUUGUUUCUGUAAAGCAUAAAGAGCUCUAUUUUAAAUAAAAGAAAAAUGUGUCAUA